AUGGCGUCGCAGAAUGUGGAAGAUCGCAUGGGCGAAUUGAGGCAGCAGGGAGCCAUUGCGACUGCCCAAGCAGCCUCCAAAGACCCCCAGUCCGAUCUCCGACCAGAAGCCGUGGAAAAGGUGUUGGUGGAGGAAACCAGAAAGGCCGGAGUGCCGGCCUACACCUUCCAACCCGAUGCGUCUCCUGAGGAAAAAGCCGCCGUCGCGCAAGCUCAAUUACCACCAGGGUUUCACCACGACAGGAAACCGAAGGGAAAGGCGAUUGUUACCGAUGUUGACGAUGGCACCCCCGACCAGUACGAUUUGCCCCCUCCGAAGUCGGCAACCGAGGUCCUCCAGGAGGAAGCCUCAAAAACGUCAGAGGAGAAGAAGGAAGGUAAAGAAUUGACCGAGGAUAUGCGAUGGGCCCGCGACCGGACAGGAUGGGCUCCGCAGUUCGAUAAACCACAGACGGAGGAGGAGAAGCAAGAGGGCACUCUGCUCGACCACCAGGAUUUCCUGGAGAGCAAGCUGGAUGACAAGUUCUUUGGAGACUGGUAUCACAAUGCGGCCGUGAUCAUCUUCGCGUGUCUAGCCUCCUGGCUCGUCGCUGUUCUGGGUGGUGGAUUGGGGUGGAUUUUCAUCGUCAUGGCCGCCUGCAGCACGUACUAUCGGACAUCGAUUCGGCGCGUGCGACGAAACUUCCGGGACGACGUCAACCGGGAAAUGGCCAAGCAACGCCUGGAAACCGACACUGAGAGUCUGGAGUGGAUCAACAGCUUCCUGGUCAAGUUCUGGCCCAUUUAUGCGCCCGUCCUGUGUGACACCAUCAUCAACUCGGUCGAUCAGGUUCUCAGCACUUCGACCCCUGCCAUGUUAGAUAGCUUGCGAUUGAAGACCUUCAUCCUCGGUAGCAAGCCCCCACGGUUGGAGCAUGUCAAGACCUACCCGAAGACCGAGGUCGACACUGUGAUCAUGGAUUGGAAGUUCAGCUUCACACCCAACGACGUUAUGGAUUUGACUGCCCGCCAACUGAAGAACAAAAUCAAUCCUAAGAUCGUCUUGGAAGUCAGACUGGGUAAAGGUGUCGUGAGCAAAGGUCUUGACGUGAUUGUCCAGGACAUGGCGUGUAGCGGUCUGAUGAGGGUCAAGGUGAAACUUCAAAUCCCCUUCCCCCAUAUUGAGCGUGUCGAUGUCUGCUUCCUGGAGCGCCCUGAGAUCGACUACGUCUGCAAACCUCUCGGAGGCGAUACUCUUGGCUUCGAUAUCAACUUCAUCCCCGGUCUCGAAACCUUCAUCAAGGAGCAGAUCCACAAUAACCUCGGACCGAUGAUGUACGCUCCUAAUGUCUUCCCGAUCGAGAUCGCCAAGAUGUUGGCGGGCAACCCUGUAGACCAGGCCAUUGGCGUCGUUGCUGUUACGCUGCACGGCGCCCGACAGCUGAAGAACCCCGAUAAGUUCUCUGGUACUCCCGAUCCCUAUGCCGUCGUGUCUCUCAACAACCGACUCGAAUUGGGCCGCACGAAGACCAUCCACGACACCGACAGCCCCAGAUGGGGUGAGACAAUUUAUGUUAUCAUCACGUCCUUUGCUGAAUCUCUCACGAUCGUCCCAUAUGACUGGAACGAGUUCCGGAAGGACAAGGAGCUCGGUACUGCCACGUUUCCAUUGGACAGACUGGAGGAGCAACCCGAGCACGAGAGCAUCGAUCUCGAGGUUAUGGCUAGCGGCAGAUCGCGUGGCGCAAUUCAUGCGGAUAUCCGAUUCUUCCCCGUGCUCGAGGGCCGCAAAUUGGAAAAUGGUGAAACGGAAACCCCACCAGAAUUGAACACCGGUAUCGCUCGGUUCACCGUCGAGCAAGCCAAGGACCUCGAUGCCUCCAAGAGUAUUGUCGGUCAGCUCAACCCUUAUGGUGUUCUGCUCCUGAACGGAAAGGAAAUCCACAUCACGAAGAAACUGAAGCGCACAAACAACCCGAUCUUCCAGGACAACUCGAAGGAGUUCUUGAUCACGGAUCGAAAAUCGGCUCGCCUGGGACUCAUCAUCAAGGACGACCGAGACCUGUUGACGGAUCCCAUCAUCGGUUCUUAUCAGAUCAAACUGAACGAUAUGCUCAAGAUGAUGGAGAAAGGCCAGGAUUGGUUCCAUCUUCAUGGAGCCAAGAGUGGACGGGUCAAGUUGACGCUGCAGUGGAAGCCAGUGGCCAUUGGCGGCAUCUCCGGCAGCGCUGGCUAUAUUGACCCGAUCGGUGUGAUGCGCCUUCACUUCAAGAAAGCGACUGAUCUUCGGAACCUGGAAAAGAUGGGCAAGUCGGAUCCAUAUGUGAGGGUCUUGCUUUCAGGCAUCAUGAAAGGGCGUACGGUCACGUUCAGAAACAACCUUAAUCCCGAGUGGGAUGAGGUGGUGUAUGUCCCUGUUCGCAGUGCUCGGGAGAAGCUCACCCUGGAGGUGAUGGAUGAGGAAUCGAUCAAUAGCGACCGAAGCCUUGGCUCGCUCGAGCUCAAUGCUGCUGACUAUGUCCACGAGAAUGAGAACGGGGAGUAUGAGACUGAUGACGAGAAGCAGCUCAUCGCCAGUCCUCUGCGCCUGGGUAACCGUGAGAAGGGCAUUCUUCACUACACAGUUGCGUUCUAUCCUGCUGUUCCUGUAGUUAAUCCCGAAGACGAGGCCGAAGACGAGGAGGGUGAGGAAGCUGAAGGCCUCGAUCUUCCCGGAAGGAAGAGCAUCGACUCCAAGCGCAAGAGCCAGCAUUCCAAGAAUCCCAGCGUGGACUCCAAGGCCUCCAAGACCAACGGUCAGAACGGUGUUGCCACCAACGGCACUACGACGAAUGGUGUCAGCGAUCUCAAGGUUCCUGGGCGUCGCGGUAGCUUCUCGACUGUCGGUUCCAAGACCAAAGAUGCCGAGAUCAUGUCUGUCAGGUCGAUCAAGACAGUGCCCAAGACAUACAUUGGUGCGGAAGAUGUCUCCAAAUACGAAUCCGGGUUCUUGGUGUUCAAGUUUCACGAGGCUCAGCUUGCCCGUUCAAACGUGCAACUCGAAGUUCUGAUGGAUGACCACAUGUUCCCCUCAUAUUCAUCGCCAAAGAUCCGGUCGAAAUCCGCCAAGCUUGUGGAUGUUGGCGAUGCGUUUGUCCGUGAAUUGGAGUUCUCCAAGAUCACUCUCCGCCUUGUGGACAAGAAUGACCACAAGGAUGACAGUGAUGAACAUACGGUUGCGAAAUUGACCGGUGACACACUUCCUACAUUGCAACGCAUUCUGUAUGCCCCUACUGAGCUUGUCCUCCGCUCGAAUGACGGCGAGGUUAGCAAGGUCACUGUCAGUGCCAGAUACAUCCCAGUGAAGAUGAAGCUUGACCCAAGCGAGAGCAUCAACAAUAUGGGUACCCUGCGUGUAGAUGUUCUGGAUGCCGCGGAGCUUCCAUCGGCCGAUCGAAACGGCUUCAGCGACCCGUACUGCAAGUUCCGACUGGAUGACGAGGUGGUUUUCAAGACCAAGGUGCAGAAGAAGACCCUUCAUCCGGCGUGGAACGAGUUCUUCGAGACCCCGAUCAAGUCUCGAAUCGGCGCCAAGUUCCGGGUGGAUGUGUACGAUUGGGAUUUCGGCGACAAGGCCGAUUACCUGGGUGGUACCGACAUCAAUCUCGAGAUGUUGGAGCCCUUCCACAGCCAGGAGAUGUCCCUGACGCUGGACGGUAAAUCGGGAGCGAUUCGACUGAAGAUGCUCUUCAAGCCCAAAUACGUGAUGCGGUCGCGGCAGGGCUCCUCCACGUUCUCCGGUACCUUUGCCACUCCCGGAAAGAUUGUGGGUGCGCCCGUCAAGGGUGUGGGCUUCGUGGGUGGCAACGUCAUCAAGGGAGCAUCCUUCUUGAAACACGGCAUCAUGUCACGGUUCAAGGGGGAUGACUCGUCCGGCGAUGAGAAUGCUGAAGAACCUGAGGAGGCGUCGCGGGCCGAGCCCAGCCAGGCGCCGCCAUCCGCUAUCCUGGUUGAGGGGGCGACCCCGCCAAGCUCCACCCCGAACUCCCUCCAGCACGCCCGCACCCGUAGCGUGGUGUCGCACUUUGGGGACCGCCUCGGAAUCAGCGGGGGCGCCGGCAAGGGCGAGACGGGCACAGCUACCAUCACCGUGGUCUCGGCCAGCAACUACCCCCCGUCGGCCAAUGUGCGGGUGCACAUCAAAGCCAUUGGGCCCAAGGGUGCCAAGGAAGUGCUCAAGACCAAGGCGAUCAAGAGCGGCGGCGGCCCGGUGAACUUUGACCCGUCCCACGAGACAUGCCGGGUGCACAACACCACGGCUGAUGCGCAAUACCAGAUCCGCGUGGUGGAUCACGCCACAUUUGGCUCGGACAGCACUCUGGGUGAAUCACUGUUCUUCGUGGAUGACCAGGGCUCCAUGGCUGGACAGGAGAAGCCGGUCAAGGCCGGUACUGGCGUGGUCUCGAUCCGCAGCAGCUUCUCGAUUCCGGAAGGCAGCCUGCGGCCGGGCACUGCGCACUCGAACAACGAUGCCGCGUCGGAGUUGUUGGAUAGCCCCGACUCCAAGAAGAUGGGACGGCGCAGUUUUCUCAGCAAGAGAAGUGUGAGUGGUGCAUAG